GUGGGUGAGGCGAUUUUAAGUCUAUUUGUGGGUAAAAUUUAUGGGUGUUCAUUGUAUGUGUGGGUAGUUUUAGGACUUUUAUGCUGAAUAUAUAAAUCUACGAUUACAUUAUUAUUAUUAUUAUUAUUAUUAUUAUUGUAUCCUGCCGUAUGCUCAGUCAAGAUAUGAAAAAUAGGAAGCGUCCGGGACCCGUGCAUGCAAGAGUGGUUUGUUAUCCCGUUGCUUUGAGUGCUGCAGCGCCUCCGCCUCGCCCGCCGCGCCGCGGGACCCGUACGCUUCCUGUUUUGAUCACGUUCAGUCAACAGUCCACACCACGGUGACGGUCUCUCACAGUGCCACUCUUCAUUCACCUACUCACUACAUCGGUUCAACCAACAGUACCCGUGCAUGGUACAAGUGGACUAGCUGAACAGUACUGUACGUAACAGAGUAGGCCUUGGGUUCCCAGCUCCUGCCAUGAGUGACAAGAAAUAUACUCAGCAUUACAGGACAGUUUGGGAAACUGACAGCCGAUUCAAAGGAUGGCUGCAGCCAUUUCCGGGUGACAGCACCAAAGCCAGAUGCAAAGUUUGUGGCACUUCCUUGCAAGCACACUUGAAAACCAUUCUUGGACAUGCUGAAACAAAGAGACACAUCGAGAACAUAAAGCCAUCUGGAAGUAAAGUUCAGUCAUCGAUUAAAGACAGUUUUAAGCUUGCAGAAAAUGACCCUACAAAAGUAGCUGAACUGAAAUUGGCUGUGUUUAUUUCUGAGCAUGCUUCUACUUUGUCAAUAGAUCAUUUGGGUGAAUUAGUACCUCAGUUAGACAAAAAAUCAAGUACACUACAGAAAAUCAAGCUUCAUCGUACAAAAUGUGCUCGUUUGCAGAAACAUGUAUUGGCCCCAUCAUUUGCACAGGAGAUGAGAAAUGAAAUAGGUGACCAACACUACAGCUUGACAGUGGAUGAAAGCACAAAUGAGGCAAAUAUCACAUGUUUGGGAUUGAGUAUUAGGUUUUACAGUGUAAAGAAAAGAAGCGUAGUUGAUACAUUUUAUCGUCUUCUACCUUUGAAGGAUACAACUGCACACACUAUCUACACAACACUGAAAGGCUGUCUUGAGGAGGAUGGUUUAGAUCUCAACAAGUUGAUUGGCAUAGGUACUGAUGGGGCUAGCGCAAUGGUUGGAAAAACACAUUCUCUUUCUACUCUACUGAAGAAUGAUAAUCCUGAGUUGACUCUUGUACGAUGCGUAUGUCACUCGCUCCAUUUAGCUGCUGCCAAAGCCUGUGAUGUUCUUCCCACGGUUAUUUUGUUUAUAGUUAGAGAAACACAUACCUGGUUCUCAAACAGCCCAAAGAGAAUGCACACGUAUCAAGAGCUGUAUAAGGUACUAGAAGGUUGUAGUAGUGUGCCCAAGAAAGUCCCGGGUUUGGCUACUACACGGUGGUUGGCACGCUUGGAAGCAAUCAAUGUCAUACUUGAUGAAUGGGAUGCUUUGAAACUUCAUUUUGAAAUGGCUUCUUCAAAAGAACGUUGCCACAUAUCAAAAGAGCUUGCAAAUGCUUACAAGGAUCCUCAAACCAAGCUAUAUCUUUUGUUUCUCAGAAAGAUCCUGAAGGAGGUUGUGAGAAUGAAUAAACUUUUCCAGGGCCAGAAUGUUGAUAUUACAAAAAUCACUGAUGAUCUACUGGAUAUGUACCGUAGCCUUAUGCAAGUAGUAGUUGACUCUAAUUACUUGUCAAAGUGUCCCAAAGAAAGCCUGCCAAAUCUUAGCAUUCAGAGCUACAUCCUACCACAUACAGUCAUAAACUUUGGUCAUGAGUUCAACUCAUUUGCACAGUCAUGUUCUCUGAGUAGUGAGCAGAUCAGUUGUGUUAAAGAACGCUGCAAAAAUUUCAUGUUAGAACUCUUAACUGAAGUACAGAGGCGCCUUCCAGACAAUGUUGACAUUCUCCUGAUGUUAAAGAACUUUCAUCCCUCUAACGUUACUUCCCAGUGCAAACGGUCUAUUGUGCCUGUUGCCUGCAGAUAUAAAUCAACAUUUGCAGAUAUGGAUAGUUUGGAGAAUGAAUGGGAAAAUGUCAGCUUUGUGCAGUGGCCCAAAGAAUGCCUUAAUGAUACUGUUAGUUUCUGGGCUGAGGUAAAUGAAUACACAAUGAGCUCAGGUGUAAAAAAGUUUCCAAAUUUAUCAUCACUUGCACUCUCACUACUGUCCUUGCCUUACUCAAAUGCGAGCAUUGAGAGAAUCUUUUCACAAAUGAACGUAGUUCAUUCAAAAUUAAGGAAUAGGCUAAGUGUAAGAUCAGUUGAAGCCAUAUUGCAAAUUCGCUAUGGACUGAAACUGCAGUCACUGAACUGCUCAACUUUUGUACCUUCCAAUGAAAUUAUUAGAAACUUUGGAGCUAAAGAUAGUGCUGAAGAGGCUAAUGAUGAUAUAAUUUCCAUAGACACGGACUAAAACUAGUGAAUGAUCGCUCAAGCCAGUUGUAGCCUUAUUAGUUAAAAUUCUUCUUUCCGCUAAACUAACUACUUCUGGCUGCUGUUUCUGAAGGAAUUUUUUUUUUAAUAUUUUUUAACUACAAUUUUGUUAUAAAAUGAUGCAGAAAUAAACGUGUAAAUACAUGUGCACAUUUAUUCUGUUGAUUUUAUUAACCACCAUGAAAAAUAGUUACUAUAAAAAUUACGAAUAUUUGUGGGUAGAUUUGUGGGUAUAUCAUAAAAAUUUGUGGGAUUUUUGUGGGUAAAAUGCAACUUUUUUAUGGGUAGCAUUCCAGACUAAAGU